AUGGCGAGCUCCGAGGUCAAGGGCCGCCACGAUGUCCCAAGCUUCGUCCUGCUCGACACCCGGAGCUACAACACCGGCCGAUCCAACUCCACCACCGCCACUUCCAAGACGAGCACCGACCUGCCCAUCGAGGUGACCUUCUGCGCCGCCCACCCGCCAGACCUCUCCUACUUAUUCAUCCACUGCCCGGGUCUAGAGGUGGAUCCCACGAAUUUGUCCCUGACGCCCAAGAUUAUCAGCGCUGAUGCCGACCUCAUCCUCCUCCGCGUCCCGCGCGAUCCCAUGGCCAGAAUGAUUCCGAGUCACAGCGACUACUUCGUCUACAAGUUGAACCCUGAACAAUCAAAGCUGUACCUGCUCCCGAACCCAUAUCCCGAAUGCUUCAGCGACAACGAGAUCGCCAUACUGGGGUACGGCAACAGGUUCGCUGUGGCCACUAUCAGAAUGCCGCUCCGUGAUUUUUCUUUCAUGCUCCACCUAUACCACUCUGGACCCGACGGCAAGUCAGGGAGUUGGACCUCCCAGCGGGUGCCCGUGGAGGAGCCCCAGAGGGACAUCGUGUGCCCGAUUCCUGACUCAGCACAGAGGCUCAUGUACCAUCUGACGACGAAGGUGAUCACGCUCGGGGUGCUAAAGAGCAAAGACACUAUCAAGUACGUCGAGAUGGAGAUCACUCGGCCAACUAAGGUGACCUGGAUUGCCUCCACAUCCGAUUCUGAUUCCUAUUACGAAUGGCUGAACCACCAAAAACUUCCGCGGUCAUACUCCUUGGUCCCUGGUAGCUGGAAGAUGACUACAUGGAGUAUGCCUAUCCCAAUCACGUCAUGGGACAGCUGGCAUCGUCGAUGCACAAUCCGUUCAGAGGACAUCAACCUCCCUUCUGACAACACAAGGCAUUAUGAGCUGCUGCGUAAACUCAUGAGCAGCGGCGGCACCGAGGAGGAGAAGGCCACAGAGGCAACCUUGUCCCUGGGAUGUCUUCACAUGGCUUACCCCACCAUGAGCAUCGCUGAUGAUGAUGAUGUGGUUUAUUUGUUGUCCAAAGGCACCAGCAUUCGAUCGGUGGAGAUGGGAGUCGCUGUUGAUGCAGGUACAGGGACUCUGCAAGGAGUGGUGAAGCUUGAUACGAAGAGGCACGUUGGUUUUAUGCGCUGCUGCAUCGUCAGUGGGAUCUCCAAACAUCUCAAAACUACAUGUACUUGCACUGUUUUCGCGCAUUUCUGUGUUAAUUGCUCUGGGUGUUAA